AAAGCCACUUCCAGUCUCAGAGUCAGACCCACCACUCCUCUCCCUUUCUUCCUCUACCUACAAAGCCACCAGUCCACCUCCUCCUACUCCAUUCAUGGUUCAUCUCCAUCCCCAUUAAUUCCUCCCCUCACUCCAUCACUCCCAUGUCAAGCUCCAGGAAACCCAAGACUCCCAUCCUCCUCUUCUUCCUCUUCCUUCUCGCCAGCCUCGCCUUCUCCCAAGAGUUCACCUACAAGGGCUUCAGCGCCAGUGGCCGCGGCGGGAGCCCGAACCUGAACCUGAACGGCACGUCGGCAACCGAGAUCUUGCCCAGCGGCAUCCUCCGCCUCACCAACGAGACGUCCCGGCUCUUCGGACACGCCUUCUACCCGACCCCGCUGCGCUUCCUGGACCAGAAGAACGGCACCGCCGUGUCCUUCUCCACGCAGUUCGCCUUUACCGUGGUGCCCGAGUUCCCGACGCUCGGCGGCCACGGCUUCGCGUUCGUCGUCGCGCCCGACCCGCGCAUGUCCGGUGCGCUGCCCAGCCAGUACCUGGGCCUACUCAGCGCCGCCGACGUCGGCAACGCCACCAACCACCUCUUCGCCAUCGAGUUCGACACCGUGCAGGACUUCGAGUUCGACGACGUCAACGGCAACCACGUCGGCGUCGACCUCAACAGCCUCAUCUCCAACGCGUCCGCCAAGGCCGACCCUUUGAACCUCAAGUCCGGGGACACCACCGCCUGGGUCGACUACGACGGCGCCGCCAGGUUGCUUAACGUCUCCAUCGCCAACGGCACGUUGGGGAAGCCCACCACGCCGCUCAUCUCCUUCCGCGUCGACCUCUCUGGGAUCUUCCGCGAGCAGAUGUACGUCGGCUUCUCGGCGUCCACGGGAGUCCUCGCGAGCUCGCACUACCUCAGGGGUUGGAGCUUUCGCCUCGGCGCCGGCGCCGCGCCGGCGCUGGAUCUCUCGUCCCUGCCGUCGCUGCCCCAGCUCAAGAGCUCCAAGAACCGGACCUCGCUCAUCCUCGCCGUCGCGUUCUCGGCGUUCGUGGCGCUCGUCGUGCUCGCCGGCGCCGGCGCGUACGGUGCGUACCGGUACAAGAACCGCGACAUCAUCGAGCCGUGGGAGCUGGACUACGGCCCGCAUCGGUUCAAGUACGCCGAACUCCGCCGCGCGACGCGCGGGUUCCGCGAGCGCGAGGUGCUCGGAUCCGGCGGUUUCGGCAAGGUGUACCGCGGCGUGCUCCGGAAAUCCGGCGAGACCGUGGCCGUGAAGCGCGUGAACCACGAGUCCCGGCAGGGCCUCCGCGAGUUCGUGGCGGAGAUCGCGUCUAUCGGCCGGCUCCGCCACCGCAACCUGGUCCAGCUCCAGGGCUGGUGCCGCCGCCGCGGCGACCUUCUCCUCGUCUACGACUACAUGCCCAACGGCAGCCUGGACCGCCACCUCUUCGGCGACCACCUCAAAGCGUCGCGCCUGACCUGGCCGGUCCGCUACCGCAUCCUCCGCGACGUCGCGUCGGCGCUGCUGUACCUGCACGAGGGAUGGGAGAGCGUCGUCCUCCACCGCGACGUCAAGGCCAGCAACGUGCUCCUCGACGCCGACAUGUCGGCGCGGCUCGGCGACUUCGGUCUCGCCAAGCUCCACGAGCGCGGGACCAACCCGAGCACGACGCGCGUGGUGGGCACCCUGGGGUACCUGGCUCCCGAGCUGACGCGGACGGGGAAGGCCACGACGGCUGCCGACGUGUUCGCGUUCGGUGCCCUGGUGCUGGAGGUGGUGGCCGGGCGGCAUCCCAUAGAGCCCCGCGCGCCGCCCGAGGAGCUGGUGCUGGCCGAGUGGGCGUGGGAGCGGUACGCGGCGGGGGAGGUGGAGAAGGUGGUGGACGCCCGGCUCGCCGGCGCGUACGACUUCGCGGAGGCCGCCGCGGCCGUGAAGGUGGGGCUGUGGUGCUCGCACCCGGCGCCGGCGACGCGGCCCACCAUGCGGGAGGUGGCGAGGUACCUUGACGGCGGGGAUGCCAGCGAGGUGCCGGAGCCUCCUCCCCCGCCUCCCAUGCCGCCGGCAUACUCUGGCGAGGUCGGGUUCGACGAUUUCGUGCACUCGUACCCGUCGUCGUCGUUCGAGCGCGCCGCCGCAGCUGGCGGCGGCUGGGACGGCGGGACCCAGAUGUCGGUCGCCACGUUCCCCUUCUCGUCUCUGUCCAUGCGGUCAUCUCACGUCAGCACGUGAUGCAUCGAAAUUCCUGGGCCCGCUUGCCAGUAAGAUGACGACUUCGUCAAACAUAAUAGUGUGACCUUGGAGCUAACUUGUUUAUAUCUGAGCUGUCUAUUCUUUUACUGCACUCAGUAACGGCAAAUGGCUGAGUGACAGUUGGUAGCCUCUUAUUUAAUCUUUUUCUUUGGAGUUUUUGAGGAGUGUUUGGUUCGAAAUUAAGUAUAUGUAAAAUCGAAUUUUGAAGGGUAAGGAUAAGUAUUAAAUAUAGUCUAAUU